CUCCUCUACUUUACGGCGGGUGCGCAGCAGCAGAGCAGCAGCCGCCAGCCGCUGAGCGCUGUAGUUGUAGACUAUGGCGAGUGCAUAAAUGUCGUUUUGCCAUCUUCGUAUCUUGCGUUCUGCAAUGCUGUGCUUUUGACAGUCUUUGCGAGUUGACACAUGCGACUUAGUCAACGAUUUUCAAAAGGGUUUCACCACGGUCCGUCGAUACGGACCGUACUUUCACGUUGCAAGUGACGUCCUCAUAUGAGUUGAUUGGAAAUAGCAGUCUGUGCAUGCUAAUGCCGAGGAAACCUCUACAGAGCCAUGUCCACAUGCGAAACCCAUGAAAACUGCCGCCAUGCUCGACAGCCCCAGAUGCGAGUCUAGCACAUGGCACAUGAGGAAUCCACUCGGCCACAAUGUCAUGUGUUGGCCGAACUACAGUCCCUCCAAGGAAUAUAUACCCCCUUAAAAGAUACCACCAGAGUGAAGUACUUGUGCUUUGAUGUAUCUAAGCGGUACCUUGCGUUCGGAGUAACCAGUGGAGAUAUUUUCCUCUUUCUACGGGAGUCUCUGUCCUUCAUCUGCACAGUUACUAACAAGGAGGGCUCAGUUGUGCAAGUUGCUUUUGGACCAGAUGACAGCAUCAUUGGAAUUGCAACCAGCCGUGGCCAUGUUCUGGUCAUGGAGCACAACGCGGAACGUCUGUCUGUACAAGCCCAGCGUCUGCAAUUAUCUUACGAGCACAAGGGGACAGCAAUCACCUGUCUCCAGUGGAAUGGUACUGGUAGCCGUCUUUUUGUGGGAGACAGCCAAGGAAAGGUCUCUGUCCUUAACAUCACUGUAUCCAAGACCAAAAGCCUGUUUCAGCCACCUCCGAACACACUAAUGCGACUGGAUUCCAAGAUAGUUCAACUAGACUUCGCUCAGGACAGACUACUGGCUUCUACCCUGACUCGGUGUUACCUUGGCGACACCCUAAGGGAAAAAUUUGCCCAAGUUGGAAAGAAAUUGCGAGACGGAGAAUUUGGAUGCUGCUUCCUAUCUCGUGCCAAGUCUCAGGAACCAGCCAGCAUUUAUGUAGCCAGGCCGGGUUGUCGGCUUUGGGAGGCUGAUCUCCGAGGCAGCGUGUUGAAGACUCAUCAGUUCAAAGAUUCCCUUUCAUUUCCACCUGCCAAAUGUGUAUCUUACAGACACGACUACCAGUUGAGCGAAGGUGGUUUGUCUGCAGAUCCACAAGGUGCUGCGUUCAGACGACUGCUCUGCCUGUCUUCUAGUGAAAAAGCACCUGUUAUAUUAUCCUGGAGUGCCAAUGGAAUUUACAUAAUUGACCCACGAAAAGAGGAAAUGAUUCUUUGGACUGACGAUUUUAAGGAUAUUAUAGACAUAAAACUGUUUCAUAACCGGAUCUACAUUCAUCUGGCAAAUAACCAAUUUCACGUGUGCUCUCUGCUCUCCCUGGAGAAUGCAGUUACUUCUCUCUUCCAAUGGCACCACUUUAGCCAGUGUGCCCAGUUCUUGCUCGCAAACCAUCAUUGCAUCAGUAAAAACUCAUUCCAACAAAAAAUUCCCGCUGGACUCAUUUUGGACCUGAUGGACGGCUUGACUAACGAGGGAAGACCACUACUCUCAUCGAGAAUAGCAAAACUUGCUCAGGAGAAGUACGACGUAGACCUUGGCAAGCGGCCACCUAAAGGCAAGGCAAUACCGCGAUUAGCAGGAUCACCUCGUCACGUUCGGUGCCAUUCGAGUGAACGAGUGGCGAACCCCAAGUUAUCGCCUCGGAUUCCACGCCGUGGCAGUGAUCCUUCUUGCUGGACCAACAAGACGAGUGAAAUUCAUUCCACGACAUCAUCCAGCUCGACUACCCUCCAAGUUGCCUCGAAAGCUCCUUAUGAUAACGGAUUGUCAGAACCGACAAAGAAGUUGGAUACCUUAGAUUCUGGGAAGCCAAACACCGACCUGCCAUCUCAACCUGAGAACCUCAACCAAAAAGUGAUGAAUCUCGUCCACUUGAGCAGUAAUAAUGUGGCACCAGAGAUGAGUGGCAAAAGCCCAAAUGGGCAGAUGAAACCUAGUUGUUCAGCCAACGGCAAAUGUAGUAUCGCUUCCAGGACCCUUGCAGCUAUUCCGGCCUCGCCACUGGAGUCACCAUUAAGUCCAUUAGACGGUGUAGAUCCGGACGUUUUGUCCAGCAUCUAUGCCGAACAAGACGUUGGCUACGAAAGUGUGUACCAGUACCUGAACCUGGGACUUUACGGCGCGGGAGUUAUGCCCAGUGCAUUUUCUGUUCGUCCAUCAGAGCUCAUGCAACUUGCCAAUGUUGCUGACCUGUCAAAGAUUAAAGAAACCCUUUCAUCCAAAUACCUCAGUAGCAAAGAAAACCUCUUGAAGAAUUUGCGGGGCUUUGAGUCAAGGAUAAAAUAUUUUGGAGUGGAAACUGGGGUGGACGUUGUGAGUCCUGGAUCUCCUGUGGCAACUGUGGAAGAGAGCUGCAUUGGUAGGACAUUCCUUGAAGAGCCAGAGAAAAUGGUGACACCACAGGAUGACUUGUGGUUGUUCCUUCCACCACUAGGGGCCAAUUUAACUGAGGCCACAUUGAAAGCAAGUGAGACCCUGUCCAACCCACAGGUUCUCUUCAGUAUGCCACAGCUUUCCCAGGUACUCAACGAAUGGGUCACCGUACUACAUUCCUCGCAUUUAGAUGUCCUCACUCACGUUUACGGGUCUACGGAUCCCUCUAAGCUUCUGGACUCCUGUUUCCCAACAAGACCCCAGCCUGCGGACUCUACGCAACACAGCCUUGCACUCCAGGUCGUCCAGCCUGUCUUCACGUCUGACCCAUUUUACCUCUCCCGAGAAGUCAAGACGAAAGCUAAACAACUGGCCAUGCUCUGUUUUCAAAUGGAUCUACUCGGUGACAUGCAAGCAAUUGAGCAGGCCAUUACACAACACAAAGAUAGCCAGAAUAGAGUUGGAGAAGCCCCGACAGAAAGGAAUCUCUUAGAGUGCAGCAGUUCAAACUCCUUUGAAAGUGAAGACACUUCAACUCGGUGUGAUCUCAGCUUAUCAAUGCGGUCUUCUCCUUCGGAAAAACAGUACCUUUCCGGGGUGCCGACUCUGGACUCGUGCAGUGAGUCAACCAUGUUCCAAAGCACAUCGUCUUCGCUCGGCUGUGCGACCAUCGGUUUGGACUUCGGUCUGGACAACACUGUUGGGAAGGAAUGUGGACAGACAUCCGUAGGUCAGAAGUAUGGAGUCGUGUGCAGUGAAGCUUAUGACACUUCUGGGGCAAAGUUACUUUCUAGUCAGUGUUCUGAGGAUGAUUUGCCACGACGUGGAAGCCAAGGAACGAAUGAAGAAGAGGUUGAGCUGCCGAUAGUUGCUGUGAAUUUUGUCGAGCCAGAUGAGGGCGCCGGUGAGGCGUGUAAAUUUAUUGCUACCAAAGAACCAGGAACUCAAAAUCGGCCAAGAAGGUUAUCUCUCCAGAGUGACCUGAGCAUGACAUCUCAGAGUGAUGUGACUUCACUCUCUUGGAUGCCCAUGGUACAGAACGCAGCCAUAAAAUUGCAGAGCCCAUCUUCAAAGGCAGUUGAUACAAAGAUGUCCUGUUUCAUCCGCAAUUACUUUUAUCUCUUGGAUGUGGAGACUGUCUGGGAGAUUGUACAGGCAACCAGGGAACCAUGUUAUCAAAGCUGGAGUGCCGCAGUGGCAGGUCUUUGUAAGCAAGCCAUGAAGAAGUUUCUUGAAUGUGGUGUUGGGAGCGACUGGAUAGUCACCGAAUUGGAGAAGGUGGUGGAACAGCCUGCACAGAUGCUGGGUUACCUAGCUUUCCUCCAUCAGCAAGACCCAGACAGUGUGGAGGAUAUGCUGCUGAAGAGGGUCCAUUCACUAACUGCGAGGGAUAUUCUCUACUUCUCAAGAUACAUUAAUGCUCAUCCAUCAUUAUUCAUCAAGGCUAUGCACAGAGCUUUCAUCGCUUUUCCAUUGCCACAAAUGUUGUCCUCUGUGAGGAAAUACCUGGAGAACAAUGAAGUACGAUGGGAGUGGGUGAAUCACUCGCUUGAGUCUUGUGACCUGCAGUGCCUAAAGUGUCCCUGUGGUGCUCCAAGGACCUGGUCCCACAGAGUGAGCUGGCCAGACUAUUUGUACGCCGUCCUGCUCAAUGACCAAUGGGUGUCCAUUCAAAGCAUGCAAGUGUGUCAGUUAUACGGGUUUUGGCCAGGAUACCUAUACUCUCUAAAGCAUUUGGGCUUCCGCUUGGAGCAUCUAAUCACAAUCAUACAACUAGGGGAUGUUGAAUUGCUGAGCAGCAGCCAUCAGUAUGGCCUACUGCCAGAGAGCGAGGAAGAAUGGAAGCUAGCAUUUGAGCUGGUGCAAAAGCAACAAAAAGCCUCCAACCACUCGCCAACCUGCCUAUUUUGUGAUCAAGUUCUGGACAGCAGCGAGACCCUUGUCACGGUGGAAAACUUGGCGCGGAGGAUGCUAGACUCUUUGGGCCUGGCUUCUGAGAUUCUGGAUUGUCUUCCCAAGGGAUCUCUGAGCCCACACUUCUUUUUCUCCAGCACUUUGAUAACCAUCAUUGGACAGCAACAGCAGGCCUUGAAUCACCGCAUUCUGUCUCGGCUAGAAAGCUACCUGUGGUCUCGGAGGCCCGUCUGUGUUCCUCCGCAGAUUGUGGAUGUCUUGGAAAGGGAGAAGCAAGGUUUGGCCAGCAUGGAGGACCUGACAGACGUCCAGGUACAUCACCUGUAUGGUGAAGAAGCAGACGGCCAUUGGGGUCGUACAACCACACUGUUGUCAAGUUGCGCUUCCUGCAGACAGUUGCUCUUCACCUCGUGUAAUGCUGUUGUCGUCCGUCAAUGCGGGCACACCUUUCAUGACUGCUGCCUGCUCGGCGACUUCUGCGUAGUAUGUUUGGAAGCACAGGGAACUGGGUGAGGGAUCCAUGACGCCUAACGCUGCCGUCCCAUUGUUAUCGGGUGUAGUUGCCAUGAUUCUUAUGUAAGAUAGGGAACAGUUUGUUUGUUAGUAGCCAAAGCUUUUAAUGUGCCAUACUUAUUCAGUUCUCCAUGCAAGGUAGAGUGCAGCCAUGUGAUACCCGCAGCUUCGUGUACGUUUGCACGACUCUAAGCAGUGGUGAUAAAAUGUAGUUCUACAUACAAUUCUGCAUGUGUAGAAGGACAACCUUUAUUUCUCUCUACCUAGAAUGUGAUCACCGUUCUAUGUCAAACUUCCGGAUUUUAAGUUGCAGACAUUGAAAACCUGACAUUCUAGGUACAAGUAUGUCGACGUGCCCUGCCAAGUACCUUGUGAGUCUAGUGAAAUGGUAAAGGAUUAUCCUAAGAGCAAUGUCUUUUUUUCUUUUUGUCCUAUGGUGCAUCUUGGGGAUGUCUCCAUCCUACUCUCAUUAUUUCAUACUCAACGAUACGAAAGUUACAAAAUUUUUGUAACGUUUGUGAAUAAUCGCUGCACGUUAUGGGGAUAUUAUAAACACACUGAAAGAGUGAACGGAGCUGGUACUUUAAUGGUUUGUUAACACAGUCUUUUUUGUGGCACCUAGUUUAUCGGGAGGCAUAUUAUCGUGCCCAGUGCUUGGAACUUGUUGGUGAAGAGUUCGUCAAAGCUCUAUUUUAGCAAUAUCAAUAACAUCGCAUCAUGACUCAUCUGCCUGGGUAAACAGAGACUUGCUCAUUUCAUGGUUUAUGUGUUAUGUUGUUUGCUCUGCGAGUUCAUGACAGUCAUCCUUCAGUUGGACCUUGUUGAAUGGGAUAAGGUUAUAUUGGUCCGGAUAAAAUGUAAUAAAAAUAACAAGUUUUA